GAAGCUUGUGCUCAUUAAAUCAUCACCAUGUCUCGCACAGUCACUCUCUUUGGUUUCUUAACUAUCAUGGCUCUUUUCAUUUGCAGCCACGUUGCCUCAGCCGCUCCCUUAUCCGAAGUGGUUUCUAUUGAACGUCGAUUAGUGACUAUUGAGGAUGCUAAUGUUUCCUUAGACCGUAAUGGUGCUCAAGUUGGAAUAGGGUCUGUAGACGUAUCAAUUAACCAACCACCAACAGAUGACGCCUAAAGAUUUAAACGCUUAAUACAUCGCUCAGAAGUGUUCAGCCCGCCGCAAGAACGCAGCGUUCGUUCUCAAUGGAAUGUUCAUGUAGCUAUCCAUCUGUUUGGACUGUCCAUCUUUCCAUCAAUAAAUCGUAUUUUACAGAACCUUAUAGCUAUGUUACUUUCUCUUUUUCUUUUU